UAGGGGAGACUGUUGCUGUCUUCCUUUACGCUCUGUGUUGUUACGACAUUUUCAACCGACACGUAAACGCAACCAAAAGUGACCGGAGCUGUUGCAAGACUGCGCUGGUGCGUUCAGGGGGAAGCUUCAGGAUUGCUUUGGCUGAAACGAAACUGAAAGAGUUUCAGGGUGAAUUAAAAGGCAGAUGUAGGAAUGAAAGACGAAUUACACCGCAGAGCAGCGAGAGGAGAGCAGCAGAGAUAAACACAUUCACCAUGAGCCUCCAGGUUUGCCACUGUGGCUGGUCCAAAGUUACAACUUACCAUGGCCUGAGAACUCACCAGGGGAAAAAGGGAUGCACUCCGAAGGGAAUGAGCAUCCCACAGAGCGCACAGUUCAGCUACAUUCCCAGAUUUACCUACUUGGGAUCUUCCAUCAAACUAAAUGAGCCUGUGUUUGAUAUCUUCAGCCCUUCUGUGAGGCCUGAUGCUACAGAACCUUUGUCAGACAUGAGCCUCCAGAGCCUGAGAAUCCAGCAGGGAGAGAUGGGAGGCGCUCUGAAUGGAAUGAGGAUCCCUGAGAGUGAGCAGUACCCGUGGAGAAGAAAUCCGUGGGAAGGAUCCCAUCAAGAUGACAGCAGACCGCUAACCGGAACAACAGCCAGGGAGGAGAAUACGUUCCUGUCUCCAAACCUCAUCACCCAAAUGGAUCCUGCAUUCAGAAAAGCCGCAGUAAUCGAGAUAUUCAAGUCAUCAGUUGUUGACAAUCAACAACAUCCUAUAGAAAUGGACGACAACUUGGACAAAACCCAUCGAGCACUCGAUUUCCCCACCAACACACAACCGGUCUUGAUGCCGGCGUUACAGAGCGUCACCACCCAGAUGAAUCCUGCAGCAAAAGACACCAAAGUGGAGACAAACAAAUCACUGGUUGAAAAUCAACCGCAUUCUCUACAAAUGGGCACCAACUUGGACAAAACCCAUCCAAAGCUCGAUUUCACCACCAGUGUACAGUCUGCUUGGGUGCCAGCGUUACAGAACAUCACCACCCCGAAGAAUCCUGCAGCAGCAGAAACCAAAGUGGAGUCAAACAAAUCCCUGGUUGAAAAUCAACAGCAUUCUCUACAAAUGGACGCCAACUCGGACAAAACCCAUCGACCGCUCGAGUUCAGCACCAGUGCACAGACCAUCACCACUCAGAUGAAUUCUGCAGCAACCAAAACCCCAAUGAAGGAGACAAACAAAUUCUUCUUUGAGACUCCACAAAGUUCUCAUCAAACCACCACCAGCAGCUCGAAUAAAGCUCGUCGAGCUCUUGACUUCUCCACUGGUGCACAGCAGGUGGAGAAACUCUGGGAAGUUCCGACAAGCAUCGGCCAGGAGACAUUUAACCAGUCAAAGGAGAAAGAAAAGGAGAAGGAGGCUCAAAAACUGCUAAAGGCAAGACAGGACAUGAUGAGGGCUGACUUACAACAGAAAAUUCAUACCAGAGAGCACAAGAUGGCCGAUGUCAGAUCAUCCGUCACAGCAUACAAGGGCAGUUUGGAUGCUGAGUGGCUGGAGAUCAACAGUGUGUUCUCAGAGGUGAUGAAGGUUGUGGAGGAUGCUCGGCAGAAAGCCCUUCAGCCUCUGGAGCGGAGGAGACGGGAAGCAAAGAGAGAAGCACAAGAUCUGAUCCAGAAGCUGCAAAGAGAAAUCGAUAUGCUCAAAAAGACCAUCGAUGAGUUGGAUACAAAACCUGACUUGCAGGUUUCUCCUCUAACAGGCCUGAAAGAAUCUUGGAAAAAUGUAAGUGUUGACACUUCAUUCUCCUUUGGGACCCUGAGAACUACAACCUCAGUUAUGAUCAAACAGAUUCAGGAGAAACUGGAAAACCUCUCUUCCAUUGAACUCAAGAGGAUUCCAGCAUUUGCAGUGGAUGUAAAGCUGAACCCAACCACAGCACAUCAAUGCCUUAUUCUUUCUGCUGAUGGGAAGAAAGUGAGAGAUGGCGGGCAGAAGCCCAAAGUUCCCGAUACUCCAGAGAGGUUUGAUGCUUUCGGCAGCAUCCUGGGGCUCGACGGCUUCACCUCGGGGAAGUCCUACUGGGAGGUGGAGGUCACCAACAAGACUGGCUGGGAUCUGGGUGUAGCGAGAGGCAGUGCAAACCGAAAGGGCAAACUCACGCUGAACCCAGACAACGGCUACUGGGUGACCGUGCAUUAUGAAGACAAAAAGUACGCAGCCCUGACAACUCCAUCCGUCAGCCUCUCCCUGAAGGAGAAAGCUGAAAAAGUGGGCGUGUUUGUAGAUUACGAGGAAGGUCUCGUGUCCUUCUACGAUGUGACCACCCAGUCUCACAUCUACUCGUUCACCGAAUGUUCAUUCAGUGAGCCCAUCUUCCCGUAUUUCAGUCCGCAUCUGCAACAAAAUGGGAAAAACAUUGACCCUCUGAUCAUCUCUGCUGUGCAAAAGCAGCAGUAGUCAUAUGAAGAGCAUGUUACUGCUGCCACUGAAUGCACCACUGACAUGAAAUGUACAGUUUACUGCUUCAUGGCCAUCUGAAAUGCCAUUCCAAGUGUUUUUAAAGCUACAUUAAUUAAGAUUUUAUGAGGAAAACAUCAGAUUUUAUGUUUAGUUUUGGCACUAUAUGUUUUCACUGUGUAAAGUGUGUCAAAAAAUACUAGAAAACAAUUGUAUGCAUAUUUAAAAAUGAGUUAAGAGCACUAUUUUUGCAUAUUUUAUGCCAAAGAACUUAAUUAAUACCCAUUAUCUUCAUUCAGAGUAAAUCUCUUAACCAUUCAAGCAGUUUAUGUAUCACUCAUCACUUAUACAAUAUCAGUAUAUUCCUACACAUCAUUAAAUAUAGGAUUUGCUCUUAAACUGUGCUUCAAUACUCUGUAUACAGUCAUAAUCUGCAUUUGAAUUAUAAGCAGUUUACUUCCUGUGGAGCUCUGUUUACAUGUUCUUGUUAUAUUGUCAUGUUCAUCUGUUCAGCCUUUCAUCUUGAACAUCAACAUGCAUCACUGUGAACAUGCCAUCACUCCGGGCUUAGAAGAGGUUCCAUGGUAUGAGGUGGGCAUGUAUAAUAGAACUGGCAUUUGGAGAAUAUUUUGUAUUUUUCUCAAAUAUAUUUUUCAUAGCUUUCUGUAAAAAAAAAAAAAUAAAUAAAUAAAUAAAAGAAACAUG